AUGGCAAAUAUGCAGGUUAAUUCUCCAAACAUGGGUUGGACCUCUGAUGUUAUGGAUACAGGUGCCGAGUCCCACGUCACAAACGAACGAGGUAAAAUCAUACUCCCUGAUUCUUUUCCUGUUUGUCGUAAUAUUUUGGUUGGUAAUGGCAUGUCUUUACCAAUUAACGGAUCAGUUUUCACAGCUUCUAAUGACCGUCUCUUAACCAACAUUAUUGGCACACUUUCUAGGGAGUUUGCCAUGACCGAUUUGGGCCGCUUACAUCAUUUUUUGGGGAUAAAGGUCACUCAACAGAAGCACGGUAUUUUUUUGUCACAGACCCAAUACGCCAAGGACAUAAUUGCUCGCGCAUCUAUGUCAUCGUGCAAACCGUGUUCAACACCGGUUGAUCUUUCUUCUAAAUUGAGUGCUACGGAUGGACAACUGUUCUCGGAUCUGACAUUAUAUCGGAGUCUGGCGGGUGCCCUGCAGUAUUUAACUUUCACUCAUCCAGAUUUGUCGUAUGCAGUUCAACAGGUCUGUCUCUUCAUGCAUGAGCCUCGGGAUACCCACUUUGCGUUUAUGAAAUGUAUCAUCAGAUAUUUGCAAGGCACGAUCGAUUACGGUAUACGGAUUGUUCGAUCGGAUUCCCAUGACUUGGUAGCUUAUUCUGAUGCUGACUGGGACGGUUGCCCAGAUUCGAGACGUUUCACAUCGGGUUAUUGUGUUUUCCUUGGUGACAAUCUAAUUUCAUGGUUUGCUAAACGCCAGCCUACUGUUUCACGCUCUAGUGCGGAAGCUGAGUAUAGGGGAGUUGCAAAUGCAGUUGCAGAAAUGACUUGGAUUCGAAACCUGCUAUUUGAACUUCACACUCCAUUAUCUCGUGCAUCAGUAGUGUUUUGUGACAAUGUUUCAGCGGUCUAUUUGUCAAAUAAUCCGGUUCAACAUCAAAGGACAAAACACAUAGAGAUCGACAUACACUUCGUCCGAGAGAAGGUUCGUCUUGGGCACAUAAAAGUUCUUCACGUGCCCUCAUCUAUGCAGUAUGCGGAUAUCUUUACAAAAGGAUUAUCUCGUGAACUAUUCCAGUCAUUUCGGUCCAGCUUGAGCGUCUGUCCUCCGCCCGCUCAAACUGAGGGGGUGUCUUAG